UGCAAAAUCAGUAGCUACUUGAGUAAGCACCUCUCAGACACAUCCAUAUCCCCAUUUGCAGCUGAGAGAAACUGGUACUAGGCCAUUUGAGAAGCUAAUCUUCCCUCAGAGGAAUGUGGACUCAAAAGGACAGCCUUGGAAUAAAGAUGACCAUAAGGGAUACAGAGAAGAACCGCUAGCAAAAUAUGCUUCUCUCUACACCUUAGAAACUUCUCUAGCUCUUAGAAUCUACAAAAUAGACUUCGCUUAUUACAGAGAUUCUAAGAUUAUGAGGAGGUCAUGGAUUCUCUGGAGGAAAAGGGGAUUGAAGCAAGAGAAUUGUCCAAAAUCUAGGAAACCUUCCUUUAACCCUCUCUCUCAGAAAUGUUUUGGGAAGAAGCCUGGGAGGCUCCCAGGAGGCAGAGGAUUCUGGAAAUAGAGGAGACAGGAGAGGGUAGAGCAGGCAGAAUUAUGAAGCUGAGCCAUUAUGUCUUAUUAAGAUGUGGAUGUACCCAGUUCUUGUCCUUCUGGCAUUCAGAAAACCUGGAAACAGAUUACUUUGGCAAGCUUGAAUAUAAACUCUCAAUCUUACGAAACUUGAACGACCAAGUUCUCUUCAUUAACCAGGGAGAUCAACCUGUGUUUGAGGAUAUGCCUGAUUCUGACUGUACAGAUAAUGCACCCCGGACUGAAUUUAUCAUAUAUAUGUAUAAAGAUAGCCUCACUAGAGGUCUGGCAGUAACCAUCUCUGUGAAUUAUAAGACCAUGUCUACUCUCUCCUGUGAGAACAAAAUUAUUUCCUUUAAGGAAAUGAGUCCUCCUGAGAGUAUCAAUGAUGAAGGAAAUGACAUCAUAUUCUUUCAGAGAAGUGUUCCAGGACAUGAUGAUAAGAUACAAUUUGAGUCUUCAUUGUACAAGGGGUACUUUCUAGCUUGUGAAAAAGAGAAAGAUCUUUUCAAACUCAUUUUGAAAAAAAAGGGUGAAAAUGGGGAUAAGUCCAUAAUGUUCACUGUUCAAAACAAGAAUUAGAUAUUAAAAUUGCAUAAUUUGAA